CUACCGUGCAGCCCCUGAACAUUUUCUUCACAUUUAAAACAAAGUGACCCUUCCAUGAACGUCAAACACAAUAACAGAUAUUAGCUGUCUCUGUCCACUUCAAAAGCAGAGUAAUUAUGUCCUUUGUUUAAAGAAAAAAUCUUGGAAAAAAGUCAAAAAUUCUUAAAACUUCAGAAAAAUUCUUAAAAAAAAAAUCUGCCAAUGGGGUCUUACCAGGAAUUCUUCAGAUUGUUUUUUCUUGCCGGACAGAAAUAAUAUAUUUUUUAAAACCAGGGUGUUAUUACUUAUUACUAAAUAUGACGUUUUUGCAGUUUUGUUGUUUCCUUAUCUUUUAAUCCAACAUUUAUACAUUUUUUUUUCCUUUUAAAAGACAACAAAAAACUAUUGCGUAAUAUAAAAACUGAUAAAAUCAGCUGAGUUACAUCAGCACUGCCUCUAAUUGGCAGGCUCAUUUCCACUCUUAAGGAAGGAAUGCAAUAAUACCUGUCAAUGCGAGGGGGCGGGCCCUCCAGAGGUGUGCUGUCACUUGUUCUACUGCAGGCCUCACAUUCAUUCACGGCAGUGACAGCAGCCCACAGAGAGUCUCUUUAACUUGGCGAGGAUGGAAGCUUUUUGAGGAGAGAGGAGGAUAGCAGAAGGAAGAACCAUGACGUGGAGGAGCCCUCUGGCCCUCAUGAGGGAUGCUAUUCUCAGCCAGAAGGCCCGGGAGAAGGAACUGCGCUCUUUGGUAUCCAACUUACCUUUUGAGGGUCUGGGUAAAUCAAAGCAGCCGAAUCGGUUCUUCAAAUCAAACGCCAUCAAAACCAACAAAUACACGCCUCUGUUCUUCAUCCCUAUGAACCUUUACGAGCAGUUCCACCGUCUGGCCAACAUCUACUUCGUAGGCCUGGCUAUUCUGAACUUCAUCCCUGUAGUUAAUGCCUUUCAGCCUGAGGUAGCUCUCAUCCCCAUCUGUGUGAUCAUGUUCCUGACGGCCCUGAAGGACGGCUGGGAGGAUUUCAGGAGGUACCAGUCAGACAAGAAGCUCAACAACACGCCGUGUCUCAUCUACAGCAGGUAUUUAACCAGGAGAAACCGUCUGUGCUGUGAUUCCCAUUCAUGUUUUUAAAGUGUGUCUGUGAUUUUCAUCUCCCUGCUAUGUCAGAUCUGAAUGAUUGUGUGUUUUCGGUGCAGGUUUUUGCAAGUGGCGUAUCAUCCUUCUUUUAAAACGCUUUCACUAUCGCACUGCAGAGAUGACCAUCUGGGUGUCAUUAAAAAUAGUGAGGGUAGUGAGUUGAAAAAUAAGUUAGGCGUACCCUGUAACAGGCUGGCAACCUGUCGAAUAGUUGCUAGGACAGGCUCCAGCAACCCCCAAAAGGGAUAGAUGAAUGAAAUUUAGGAGUAUAUUCGGACAAACAAUAAAAAGAUUAACUUUUUUUAGCAGGGAGUAUGAAGACACCUUGUAGAUCUUAGACCUUAAUGGGAUAUUUUGUUAAUCAAUAGCUAGGGAACCCCUGUUUGUGAGCGUAUCGGGUUGAUUUAGGAGAAUCCACAAUCAGCUGUUGAGUCACACUGAUGGUGUUCCUUUUAGCUUGAAAAGAUUAAACUGGUUUUGAUUCCUACAAAUGCUGAUGAAUUUGUCCUGAAUUUUAACCUCAUCAGAGAAAAAUUAGACGCACGAUAAGCAAACAGACUCAGUUGAAAAAACUGUCAUGUCAUCAGCGAAUGUCUGCAUUUCCAGUUAUUUUUGAAUGCAGACGUGUUAAGUGUGUGUGUGUGCUCAAGCAUGUCCUGCCUUAUCUUCUGUGUUUUUAUGACUAUCUUGUAUCGAAAACUCGUCAUUCCACCUGAACUAAAAACAGGUCCCCUGUUAAUCUGGCUGAUUGAAUUAAAUCCCUAUUAUUGCUUUG